GCUCUGUGAACUUGAUAUGGAUCGAGACUCGUCAGAUCACAAACUAUGACCACAUCACCAGGUUUAUGGAUACUUCUAUCUGGUGUCCUGAUUUUCUCCUCUAGAGUGAAGUCCCAGCUUCGGUUAUAUCAUCCCAUCGACAAUGUAAAUCAGAUUAACGCAGAGGAAGUGGGGUUUGUACUUGACCUGCCGACAUCAAAAUUAGUCCAAUUUUAUAACUCCUUAAACGAAGAUUGCAUAAGUUUUGCUCCCACCUUUAAGAGCCUGGCCAGGAAAUUGAGAGAUUGGGACAGGCUGCUUAAGGUUUACGCCAUUGACUGUGCCAAGGACGAGAAUAUCAGAAUAUGUGAUAAAUUGGAAGUCAGAAAAACCCCCUUGGUGCGCUACUAUCCUCCAAAAUUCGAUCGAAAUUUGGUGGGAAUCGAGAUCGCUAGCAGAAAGCCCGAUGAAAUUAAACAGCAUCUGACUUCUUAUUUAAGUCAACUGAAGUUCAGUCUAGAAGAUGAGGAUCUCUUUAGACCAUUUACGAUGGAAGACUCUGCUGACGGUGUAUUUAUCACACAAAACUCCGUAUAUAAUAGCAUAAAAAAUGUGGUUUUAGUCUAUCAACCCAAAUCUUCACUGAUUGGUGUAAGAACUCUACUGGAGCUGUUAUCUUUGAAAUCAUUAAAAGUGCGUAUCAUAGAAGACCGUCAGAUAUUUGCAAAAUUUGGCCUGAAACCUUCUACACAAAACCUGGCCAUCCUAAAUCGUUAUGGAAGCCACCUUUUCCUAAAACCACAAAUUGAGACUGGAGAGUCUUACGCAGCUACCGUAAGAGAGCACUUAAUGAGUCUCGGAGUCAAAAUAGAAAAAAAACCAGCCACAACAAAAGCCCCGAGUCCUAAAGAGCUUUUCGACAUGAAACAGAAAGCGAUCCUAAGUCAAGCUGUUGAGCGACCCCUCCGGGUUUACCAAGCCGAUAUGAUCAAGGGUAUUGAAGACUUUCUUGUCACGAUUCUACCAAAUGUGCCACUUAUAGCCGGGGAAAGUAAGAGAGCACUGGAAUCUUUCAUGAGACUCCUUCAGAAGUGUCACCCACUAAAUGGGAAAGGAGAUGGGUUGAUGAUUGGUGUUGUGUGGGAGGUAGAGCAAUCUAAUGGGCUGACUGGGAAGCAGUUAUCUGAGAAAUUAAAGUCCAGGGAAGACUUUGGAAAAGUAUUCGAUGUAAAACAAUACAUUGGCUGUGCAUCCUCAAAACCCCAUGAGCGGGGCUACCCAUGCGCCCUGUGGACAUUGUUUCACAAUUUGCUGGUUCAAAAUUUAUAUUCUGUAGAUGAGGACACACACCCACCUGGCGACGUAUUAUCAAUUUUUCGCGAUUUCAUAAAGUAUUUUUAUCAAUGCCCGCAGUGCGUUGAGAAUUUCGAGGAAAUAGUUAAGCGCAGGCCCAUACAUUCCGAAAUGACCCAUAAGGAGGCGAUACUCUGGCUCUGGACAACCCACAACGAAUUCAAUAGACUCACUGCUGAUCAAGCCGGCGAUCCUAUGUUCCCGAAGGUACAGUUUCCCACUACGGAUAGGUGUCCCACCUGUCGGAACAACAACUCCAGCUGGCGUACUAACGAAGUGCUGAAAUAUUUAAAACGUCUGCAUCGCUUUGAUAAUUUAAGCCGCUACGGAAUCCCCAAUUUGUAAAUAUUAAGAUAAAAGACAUAUAAAAUCAAUGUAUUAAAGUUUUUUAUAAUAGUGGGACUCUAUUAGUAUCUAUUAUUAGCUUUUAAGCUAACUAAAGCAGGAAAUAUACAAUAUUAACUUUA